CGGCCUGGUUAUUCAUUAGCAAGAAGGAAAGCUCGGGGGAGAGCAGGACUGGCUCAGCUGCAGGCUUGAAGCUGGGUGAGAGCAGCUGCAGCAGGCCAGGCUGGGAGCUUUCGCCUGGAGUUAGUCUCUCCGUAACUUUUUCCUGGGACAGAGGGAGAGGUGGCUGUUCUUUGUUCUCAGAUGUCCCUCUAAAUAAAACCUUUUUUAUUUUAUUUAUUGUUGGGUGCCCAGGCAGUCAGGAAGAAGCACUUUCCCACUGGACCUCCUUCUCAGUCCCCCUCUUGAUUUUGCCCCAGGGCAGCAGCUACAAACAGAAAGCCAGCUGUGAGUGUCUUCUUGGCCAAGCCCAGAUCUGCGGAGAGAUCCGAAGCAGGACUUUAUAGCUCUUCUCAGUAUGGUGAGUUGUAGCUGAUUUGGAAGCUGGUGGAGGAGGACAGUGGCUCUGUACAGCUUGUGGGGAGAGGAUUAUUCUCCCGUGCUACUACCACCAGCCGGAACACCAUGGGCAGCGUCUGUAUGAGGCUUUGGGCAUACCUGCAGCCUUUUCUCCCCUGCUGGUCCCAAGAAGCAGACAAAUCAGUGGUGAUUGAGAAUCCAGGGGCCUACUGUCCUCCAGAGGUCAAUCGAAGCCAAGGCCAGUAUUUUGUGGCUCUGUUUGAUUACGAAGCUCGCACUGCAGAGGACCUGAGCUUCCAUGCUGGCGACAAGCUCCAAGUCUUGGACACUUCUCAUGAGGGCUGGUGGUUGGCCAGACAUUUGGAGAAGAAGGGACCCGGCUUAGGUCAGCAGCUGCAGGGCUACAUUCCUUCCAAUUACGUGGCAGAGGACCGGAGUCUCCAGGCAGAACCGUGGUUUUUCGGAGCAAUCAAAAGAGCAGAUGCAGAAAAGCAACUUCUGUAUUCAGAAAACCAGACGGGCGCUUUUCUAAUCAGAGAGAGUGAAAGCCAGAAGGGUGACUUCUCCCUCUCAGUUUUAGAUGAAGGUGUUGUGAAACACUACAGGAUAAGAAGGUUGGAUGAAGGUGGCUUCUUCCUCACCAGGAGAAAAACAUUUUCAACCUUGAAUGAAUUUGUGAACUACUACACCACAACAAGUGAUGGGCUGUGUGUCAAGCUGGAGAAGCCAUGCUUAAAGAUUCAGGUACCAACCCCUUUUGAUUUGUCAUAUAAAACUGUGGACCAGUGGGAGAUAGACCGCAACUCCAUACAGCUUCUCAAGCGACUGGGAUCUGGUCAGUUUGGAGAAGUUUGGGAAGGUCUGUGGAAUAAUACCACUCCAGUGGCUGUGAAAACGUUAAAACCAGGUUCAAUGGAUCCAAAUGACUUCCUCAGGGAGGCACAGAUAAUGAAGAGCUUAAGACACCCCAAACUCAUCCAGCUCUAUGCUGUUUGCACAUUAGAAGAUCCAAUUUAUAUUAUUACAGAAUUGAUGAGACAUGGAAGUCUGCAAGAAUAUCUCCAAAAUGACGGUGGGUCGAAAAUCCGUUUGACUCAACAGGUGGACAUGGCUGCACAGGUGGCUUCUGGAAUGGCCUAUUUGGAGUCCCAGAACUAUAUCCACAGAGAUCUGGCUGCAAGAAAUGUCCUUGUUGGUGAACAUAAUAUCUAUAAAGUAGCAGAUUUUGGACUUGCAAGAGUUUUUAAGGUGGAUAAUGAAGACAUCUAUGAAUCUAAACACGAAAUAAAGCUGCCAGUGAAGUGGACUGCACCCGAAGCCAUUCGUACUAAUAAAUUCAGCAUUAAGUCUGAUGUGUGGUCUUUUGGAAUUCUGCUCUAUGAAAUCAUUACUUAUGGCAAAAUGCCUUACAGCGGGAUGACAGGUGCUCAAGUAAUUCAUAUGUUGGGUCAAAACUACAGACUACCACGGCCAUCUAACUGUCCAGAGCAAUUCUAUAGCAUCAUGAUGGAAUGCUGGAAUGUAGAGCCCAAGCAACGACCAACGUUCGAGACCCUGCACUGGAAACUUGAAGACUACUUUGAACCAGACUCUUCCUAUUCUGAUACAAAUAACUUCAUAAACUAAACAACAAGGAAAAAGAAGAAAUAUAAUUAAGAUGUGAAAAUGCGGAAGUCACCAGUCCAGAAAUAUCGUCUUCUCAACCAACUGUGAAAUCAGCUUAUUUUGACAUAUUCAGGUGGUAGGAUGAACUCAACCAUGCAUUCUGUAUCAAAAAGAUCAUCUGUGUAUUCUAUUGACUAGGAAACGCUGCAGGACAGUAUAAGAUGAUGUGUCAUUUUUCCCUCACUGCCUGGUAAAAUCAAUCACACUAAAUGAAGUUAUUAUUUUUUUUCCUUUUAAGAACUCCUCACAUUUCUAUUUAUUGUUUGAAAUGCCGAUCAAGAGAAUCAACAGAUGACGGUGUUUACUCAGUUACUGUUGUGGCAUUUUCCUGUUUACUGAUUAGACUGGUUAUUCAUUAUUCCUCAAAUUGCUGAAUCCCAUCAGGCUGUUAUUAUGAAGGAAUUUGAUUGCUUUGCCGCACAGCAGGACCUGUGCUUUGAGAUAUUUUUUUUCCUCUCUUUUAAAAUAUCUUGUAACUACAAUGAUGGCAAAGCCAUGCUAAAUGACUCGAUUGUACUUGAAGUAAUUGCACGUAUUUUUCCUAUGCAUAAGAAAGCGAAGCAGCUGUUGAGAAAAAGAAUUAAAAUCUUCCUCAUUUUGUAGGAGGAAAUGAUGGAGUUUGCUCUAUACCUCAGUAUGUGUCAUCAGAGAAUCAUCUGCAUUAGUUUUAAUCUCUUAAUGUCAGGAAUCAGAUUGCAAAGCCGAUGAAUUGUUAUGUGUGGGAAUAUAAGGGAACUACCACAUUGCCUACCAGGUCUGAGAAAUAGAUAUUAAAGUGGCUUAGGGAAGCUAGCAGAGAGCUGGAGGAUUGCUGCAGCUUUCUAAGUAAUAAUAAAAAGUUCCUUUGGCACACUGGCCGAUUUUAAAUUGGCUGCAAGACAGGCCAAGCCGUGCUUCAGCUCUUGAGGCUAGGAAUAAUGUCUGAACAUGGUUAUGAACUGUAGCUUUCGUCUGUUAAGACUGGAUGCUUUUAGUCUCUUCAUUUUUUUUCUCACCUUGGUAAGAACUUCCCUGUUUUCUUAGGCAAUGAGUGUAUCAAAUGUUCUGUCUCAUUGGAUAGUUAGCGAUACUUCUCUAAAGUCAGCUCCAUAUAUUCCAUGAUCUUCUAAUGUGCAGUGCUGAAUGAACGUUCCAAAAGGAACAUUCAUCCUCCUAUAGGACAGAAGAGAAUAUCUAGAUGGUCACAAGGAUCCCCUGGGAAUUGAAAAACAUGUCAGUUCUUUCAACUAGGAACUAGGAGGCAAGGCAUCAGGGAUUAACUAUUAGCAGUUCAGUGAUGUCACGACCCUACCUGCGUUUCUGUUGCCAUGGUGAAAAUCCUGACAAAAAGCAACUUAGAAGAGGCAAGGUUUAUUUUAGCUUAUAAUUCCAUGUCAUUGUAUCACAUUGUAUCACUGUGACAAGAUCUUGAAGCUGAUUACACCACGUCCACAUUCUAAGAGGAGAGAGACAUUCACGGAUAGCUUGCUUGCUUCCUGAUUUGUGCUCAGGUCCAUUUCUACACUCUUAAAAAGUUUGUGACAGCUUUGCCUAGGUAAUAGCAUGCCACACAAUAGGCUGGACUUUCCAGGAUCAAUUAACGUAAUUAAAACAAUUCUCUACAGACAUGCCAAAAGGCCAGUAUAAUAUAGAGAAUCAUUGUCAACUCUUUGCAACUCUCUUUCUGGGUUAUUCUAGGUACUGACAAAUUGGAUCACUUAAGCUAGCCAUUAGACCACUAAGACUCAAACUUUCCCAUCUAUAGCAAGCAUUGUCUGUGUUCAACUGGUCACAGGUAACCACCAGUCGUAAGUGAGGCUCCUUGUUCCUUUAUAUUCAAGAAGAUAAAAUGGGCAACUUCACCCUUAGACAUUAUCCUAAGCCCAAACACACACACACACACACACACACACACACACACACACACAC